CCAGUUCACUGGGAGUUCUGGGAGAAGCCCGGGGGCUGCUCUGCUGCCCAGUUCUCAGCCUGGAGAUAGAUGACAACUGCAGGUUUGAUUUCAUCGCCGUCUAUGAUGGCUCCUCCACCAAUUCUGGCCUGAUUGACAAAGUCUGUGGUCGUGGGAAGCCCACCUUCGAGUCCUCAACAGGCUCCUUGACUGUUGUGCUGUCUACCGAUUACGCCAACUCCUACUGGGGCUUUUCUGCUUCCUACACUUCAGUCUAUACAGAAAAUGUCAACACUACAUCAUUGACUUGCUCUUCUGACAAGAUGAGAGUCAUCCUAAACAAAUCCUACCUAGCAUCUUUUAACUAUCAUGAGAAUAACGUACAAAUAAACGACCCCACCUGUAGACCAAGAGUAUCGAAUGUCGUGGAAUUUUCUAUCCCUCUUGGUGGAUGUGGCACAAUCAGACAGGUGGAAGAUCAGACCAUUACCUACACCAACGUCAUCACCUUUAUCGUGUCCCCGACUUCCGAGGUCAUCACCCGCCAGAAGCAUCUCCAGAUCAUCGUCAAGUGUGAAAUGGAGCACAACUCCACUGUGGAGGUUAUGUACAUCACGGAAGAUGAUGUCAUACAAAAUCAGAACACCCUGGGCAGAUAUAACACAAGCAUGGCUCUUUUUGAAUCCAGCUCAUUUGAGCGACCUAUAAGCGAAUCCCCGUAUUAUGUGGAUUUGAACCAGACGUUGUAUGUUCAAGUCAGUCUGCACACUCCAGACCCAAGUUUGGUGGUAUUUCUUGAUACCUGCAGAGCUGCUCCCACGUCCGACUUUGGCUCACCGACGUACGACUUAAUUAAGAGUGGCUGUACUCGAGAUGACACUUGCGAGGUGUAUCCUUUAUUGGCACAUCACGGAAGGUUCCAGUUUAGCGCCUUUAAGUUCCUGAGGAGCCUGAGCUCGGUGUAUCUGCAGUGCAAGGUGCUGAUAUGUGACAGCAGCGAUGCCACGUCUCGCUGCAGCCAAGGCUGUGUCUCCAGACGGAAACGAGAAAUCUCAUCCUACAAGUGGAAGACUGAUUCGGUCAUAGGCCCCAUCCGUCUGAGGAAAGAUCGAAGUGCAGGUGGAAACUCAGUGACAGGACUUGUACAUCAACCAGAGGCAGAAGGAACUCAGAACCUGCCGUUCGAUAGCAUGCACCUGUUUUCAUUCUCCGUUCUUGCCCUGAACAUAGUGAUUGUAGCCACUGUCACAGCGAGGCAUUUUAUACAUCGGCGGACGUACUACAGGUACCAGAAGCUGCCGGAAUACUAACCAGUGAACUCAGCUCUAUGUGAGAUACGUUAAUCCUGGUCGCCGAAGCAAAUGAAGCCUCAUGGCUACGAACACGAAGAACGAGCAAGCAAGGGCCUGCGAUGCAGCACCCCGGCCUUUGUGUACCUGUGCUGCUGUGGUUCAUUCUAGGAGGACUGGAAUGAAUGAGCACUGUGUCAAAAUCUCAUUUCAGGAACUAAAGAUACCAGAAUAUUCCAUGACUUGGCAACAUCUCUUUUCAUUAGCAUAAAGUAUUUCAACCAAAUUGCAG